AUGGCUCCAAAGAAAGCAACUGCAAGCAAAGCCAGUGGCUCCAAAACAACUGGUGUGAAGGUGGUCCCCACAGUGAACCAGCGACUCACCUUUACAGUAUUGGGCCGGAGAAGCGGUUCUAUGUUGGUCCAGCCACGGUACAAACGCCCUCCCAUUUUACAAAUGGUGAUUAAAGCCUUGGAGAAAACCAAUGAUCGCAAAGGUACUUCAGUGCCAGCUAUCAAGAACUACAUCCUCUCGACUUACCCAAUGCUUGCAGCUAAGACAGCAGUGAAGAAACCCAAAGAAAACAGUAAUCCAAAUGUUGCCUCUACAAAAACCGUGGUAAAUGUCGAAGUCAAGACAACUGAAGCUGAUAAAAGAUCAGAUUCAAAAAAGCCCAAGAAGUCGGCAGAACCUUCAAAUAAAAAAGGAGCAGAAUCUGGGAAAGCAUUGGGGAAAGGCGAGUCAGCAGGUGCCAAGGAAUUGUCCAAGAAGUCACCUGAUAAACUGGCAAAAACUGAAGGAAAGAAAGAAGUGAAUAAAAAACUUGGACGGCCUUUGGGAACUGGGAAAACAGGCAAAGCUGUGAAAAAGAGGGAUGGACCUCCAGAAACAUUGCCAAAUGAGGCUUUGGAAGGGCCAUCUGCUGACACUGUGAAGAAAGGCCCAAAGAGCCAUGGACGAAAGGGAGAAUCGAGCAAGGCACAGAGACCAGAUCCAGAAGAGCUUGAACCAACCGGCAGUACCUCCAAGGCUGGGUCAGGGAAAGGCUGCUGA